UUUGCGUCGUGCACCAACGCGCUCUGCCAAUGGGAGCGCGCACAGACGCACGGAGCCAGCGAGCAGGAGAGACACAAGUCCAACAUCCUCUGAGCGCCAUAUAUCUCUGAUGUGACGAACAGUUUUCUGGUGCGCUCCUGAACACCUGUCGAGUUCUCUGCGCGUUUAAAUCCUCACUCAAAUUGUUGUGAUGGAGUUCCCAACAGUUCCCGAAGAGGACUUUCAGGAGGUCAACUCUGUGUCCGCAGCUCCUUAUUUGAAUGCCACAUUCCUGGAGGAUCUGCUGACUGAGCCGUCUAAAGGCAACGGAACCAGUGGGGUCGCAGCCAGAAACACCACAGGUCUCAUCAUCGCAGUCUGCAUCACGGCUCUCUACUCGCUCAUCUGUGUGGUGGGACUGCUGGGAAAUGUGCUUGUUAUGUACGGAGUGAUCCGGUACACCAAGAUGAAGACUGCCACCAACAUUUACAUCUUCAACCUGGCUCUGGCCGACGCUCUGGCCACCAGCACCCUCCCCUUCCAGAGUGCCAAGUACCUGAUGAGCACGUGGCCCUUUGGGGAGCUCUUGUGCAAAGCGAUCAUUGCUAUCGACUACUACAACAUGUUCACCAGCAUCUUUACCCUCACCAUGAUGAGCGUGGACCGCUACAUUGCUGUGUGUCAUCCUGUGAAAGCCCUGGACUUCCGGACGCCUGCUAAAGCCAAGCUCAUCAACGUCUGCAUUUGGAUCCUCUCCUCCGUUGUUGGAGUGCCGGUGAUGAUCAUGGCGGCUACCAAGGUGACAGAUAAAGGAAACACUGCCUGUAUGCUCAGAUUUCCUAAGCCGGAAUGGUACUGGGACACGGUGAUGAAAAUCUGCGUGUUCAUCUUCGCCUUCGUGGUCCCAGUCCUCGUCAUCACCAUCUGCUACGGCCUGAUGAUCCUGCGGCUGAAGAACGUCCGGCUCCUGUCCGGCUCCAAGGAGAAAGACAGGAACUUGCGGCGCAUCACACGCAUGGUCCUGGUGGUCGUGGCUGCUUUCAUCAUCUGCUGGACCCCCAUCCACAUCUUCAUCAUCGUCAAGACCGUCGUGGAGAUAGACCACAAGAACCUCCUGGUGAUGGCCAGUUGGCAUCUGUCCAUCGCCCUGGGCUACACCAACAGCAGCCUGAACCCAAUGCUGUAUGCCUUUCUGGAUGAAAACUUCAAGAGGUGCUUUAAGGAUUUCUGUCUGCCAUACCGCUCCCGCUCGGAGCAGAGCAGCUUCACUAGAGUGCGGAACAGUGCUAGGGAGCCUGUGUCUGUUUGCUCGCCUGCAGGGCUGCAGAGAGCACCUGGCUGACUAAGCAUGGAUCAGUCAGAAGGAGAAAUGGGUCAGGAUGGACUGCAGACUGAUGACACACAGUUCUCUACCACCGGAGUCUGAGUUUAUGACCUUCAAAUGAAUCAUGGAUAGGGUUCGUGUCAUGAAUGUUUAACUGAAACAAUACUUAAGAACUGUCUUUGAAACAUGUACGCGCCUACAGACAAGAAAUCUAUUUUGGCCCCACUAUAUUUCACCCUAAGAAUCAUGUUUUCAGCUUUAAUAGGUUGGAGCUUCACAAAUACAUUAUAGGUGAGCAGCACUAAUUCUGUGUGUUAAGCAAUGUUUACAAGACUGGCAGGCAAGAUUCAGAUCUGAUUGGCUUUAAAAUGUAUUUGUAUGGCGAGUUUGGGGCCAUGGAUUGUGUAUGAUUAGUCAAAUCAGUGUAAUCAACACUUUCCCACAGAUUACAUGUCGUAUUUGAUGAACAUCACUUGCCUUAGAUAACCGUCUGGACUGAGAGAUAAUUGCUUCAUGUUAGAACAGCAGAGAAGAUUUUACUACAGAUACUCGCUGUGACUGGGCCUCAAAGAAAUGCACAGUUUAGAAGUCCUUCAGUCAGUUAAUCAUUUUCUACCGCUUCUUUCAUAGUGGGUCGCGGGGAAGCUGGUGCCUUUCUCCAGCAGUCUAUGGGCGGGAGGCUGGACAGGUUGCCAGUCCAUCACAGGGCCAGUUUAUCACUUAAAUGUUAUUUUUAAUCUGAUUUGGGAUGUCCAAAAAUCUCUUUCCAAUCCUGAAAAUUGUAGCAACCUUUGAAGGAUAAAGGACUUUACAGCUUCAAACAUUAAAGUUAAGAUUACUUUGUUUUUAUUAACUCUAAACCCAGUCAAUGUUUUAGUAGAUGGCAUAAUAAAAAGCUUUGCCAAAAGCUGUAAACUAGGCAGUAGUUUCAAAUAACAACUAUAAAUGCAGUAAAGUGUAUUCAGUUCUCCAUUUAGAAAGCGGUAAUAAAACAAAAGACAUAAAGGAAAAGAGUUCAAAUUAAUACAUGAAAAAUGUUCAAAGACAAAAAAGAAAUGAGGAAAUCAGUAUUUCUUUUAGGUUUUCUACAUUAAAUUUUCUGUUUCUCACUUUCAAUUGGAUAGUUUUGCCUAACACUGUCUAUAUACAUACCUUAGCUGCAGUUGAGUUGAGUGAUAAUUUGUCACAUUAAAAACACAAAACAAUUUUCUUUACUGGAGAUCACCUAGAAACUCCAGACAGGUAAUAGCAUUCUAACGCAACCUUUACAUGUGAAUGUUAAUAUGAGACACAUUUUGCAUUAUAUUUAGAUUUACUGGAUGUAAUCAGCUCUAUGACAGAAUCACCGCCUUGAUAAAAAGAUAGCAAUCAUCUUUCAGCUCUGCUCAGCUUUUUAUAAUGUAAUAUGUAGACAGCAAACAGCAUUUAUCAAGAGGCAUCAAGGCCUGAUGAAAGUUUAGUGACAAUGAUAAGUCAAGACAAAUUGAGGGGCUGCCAUAUUUAUCUUUGUACAUUGUAUGAAAAGUAAAAACACAGUUUUCUAAUGGUCAAUAUUAAUGGUAAUGUGAAUUGUUUUGUGGCUUCUUGUUACUAUGCUUCUAAACAAAUGAGCUACAGUUGGCUAAAAAAGUGUUGUGUUAUUAUGAACACUGUAAAUAUUGAGUUUUUUUAAAAAAAGUUUGGUCACAGUAACUAGUUUGUCUUUAUCUUAUGUCCAUAACUGAUAAAUUUUAACUUAGCACAAGUAAGAAAUUUUUGGUUGGAUGAUUAUUUCUUUGUUGUAACAACACAGAUAAAUCUUAUACUUUUGUCCUAUAACUAUCUUAAAUGUUACCACAUUUGUGAGGAAAAUUGAUUUGUAGGUUGAAAAACUGCCUGAUCCUCUCCACAGCUUUUCUGCCACUGACUCUUGUUUGGUGUGGUUUAUGAUAAUGGAUGUUUAAAGUUUGAAAAAAUAAGAAAUAUUGGCAAAUUAACAAUUUAUUUAUUCAACAAGCAGGGGCCAUAGUUGUGUGUGAAGAAUCGUACACUGCCAUAAAAGCCAGGAACCUCCACCUCAUGUGGGUCACCAGCUUGGUUACACACUACUCUGGGAUGCAUCCCACUCUCCAACCCUCUUGUCAUAAGUCAGCCAAUGUGGUUCAGUUGAUUACUUUGAAGGGAACAGCCAACUCAAGUUGACCCCACAAAUGUUCAGUGGGGUUGAGGUCAGGGGUGGAAGCAAGCCUUUCCCUUCUCUCUAGUCCCAAAUUCUGAAGCUAGUCUCUUAACAACCCCCUCUGUUUGACCAAGGAUUGAUAACCUGGAGGUGUGGCACCGCUUAAGGUGAAAUAAAGAGGCUUUUUAACAAUAUAAGAUUUAUUUCCAGAUAUCAUUGUAAUUACAAACAAACAAACAAAAAAGACAAAAUCUCCUUAGCUUUAUGAAAGCACACUCAUUCAAUGGAUCUUCAUCGGAAGGAAAGGUGAUGCGUUAUUAUUUUUCUGUCUAGUUUUGUUUGUAAAGUAGCAAAUUCUUUUGAAGAGGAAAACUAUGUUUUGAACGCGUCUGAAAUUCUGUAUAUGUUACACAAAUAAUAUAUUACCUGCUUUUGUCUUUGGACCUUAAAUCUGCAAAGAAAACUGUUAUAGCUUCUUUCUGGUGCUUUUAUUUUGAAGUAUUGAUGGACAGUAGUUUAAUUCUAUACUUACUUUUCUGUGAUAUUUAGAACUUAUGCUGUUAACAAAACAACAUUUAUGAGAGUUUCUUAUGUAAUUUGUUGGAUUUCUUGUGUUGGUACAGAUCUACAGAUUAUUUAUUUUUUAUUUAUUUUUAUCUGAGUGACACCUGCUGGCCGAAGGGCUAUAGUUAAUGGUGAAGUUGUUAUUUCUAAAACGUGUGCAAGUGUAAGAGAAUAAAUAAAACAUGACUAAAUAAGU